GCAGGUGAGCCAACCGGCCGCAAGUCGCGGACAUGGCUGAGGCCAGGAAGCGGCGUGAGCUGCUUCCCCUGAUCUACCAGCAUCUGUUACAGGCAGGCUUUGUGCGCGCCGCGCGGGAAGUGAAGGAGCAGAGCUGCCAGAAAAGUUUCCCGGCUCAGCCUGUAACCCUUCUGGACAUCUAUACGCACUGGCAACAAACCUCAGAGGUUGGCCGGAAGCGGAAGGCAGAGGAAGAUGCCGCACUGCAGGCCAAGGCGGCCCGGGUAUCAGACCCCAUUAGCACCUCGGAGAGCUCCGAAGAGGAGGAGGAAGCAGCGGUAGCUCAAACCGCCAAAGCCUUCCCAAGACCAGCAUCCACUAACUCCUCAGCCGUGGGGACGGUUUUGCCAUCAAGCGUGAAAGAAAAAGCUACGGCAAAGACCAAGAAAGUCGACAAGACCGUGAACUCCACACCACACCCUGCCUCCGGGAAGGCAGCGGCCCACCUCCUGUCCGGCAAGUCACCCAGAAAGUCAGCAGGGCCCUCAGCAAACACCAUCCUGGUAUCAGAAACUAAGUCGUCGGGCAGUGCCCCAACACACAGAACCACUACCAGACCUGGAAUAGCAUCAGUGAACCAGGUCAACAGCUCCAGCGAGGAUACCUCCAGCUUAAGCAAUGAGUCGGACGUGGAGGUGAAACCACCACAGGUCAAAGCUUCACCAGCCCCUGCCAAGGAGUCUCCAGGGAAAAGGGCAGCCCCAGCCCCGGGGAAAGCAGGGAAUGUGGCACCCCAAGUCAGAGGAGGUGCCCCCACCCUAGCCGGCAGGGCCAAGAAGCCCGAAGAAGACAUGGAGAGCAGCGAGGAGGACACCAAGAGUGAAAAGAAGGCCCCUGUGGGGAAACUCAACCAGGGGAAGGCCUCGGGGAAAACCCCCCAGGUUAAAGCUGCCUCAGCCUGCAUCAAGGAGUCUCCUAGGAAAGCGGCUGUCCCAGCAUCCCCUGUGAAGGCAGGAUCUGCAGCUGCCCAGGCCAAGGCAGGAAGACCAGAGGACGACUCUGAGAGCAGCAGCGAGGACUCAGACAGUGAGGAGGAGGCGCCAGCUGCCAACACCUCCCUUCAGGCAAAGCCCUCAGGGAAAGCCACCCAGGUCAAAGCUGCGUCAGCUCCCACCAAGGAGUCCCCUAGGAAAGCAGCUGUCCCAGCAUCCCCUGGGAAGGCAGGAUCUGCAGCUGCCCAGGCCAAGGCAGGGAGACCAGAGGACGACUCUGAGAGCAGCAGCGAGGACUCAGACAGUGAGGAGGAGGCGCCAGCUGCCAACACCUCCCUUCAGGCAAAGCCCUCAGGGAAAGCCACCCAGGUCAAAGCUGCGUCAGCCCCCACCAAGGAGUCCCCUAGGAAAGCGGCUGUCCCAGCAUCCCCUGGGAAGGCAGGAUCUGCAGCUGCCCAGGCCAAGGCAGGGAGGCCAGAGGAUGACACGGAGAGCAGCAGCGAGGACUCAGACAGUGAGGAGGAGGCGCCAGCUGCCAACACCUCCCUUCAGGCAAAGCCCUCAGGGAAAGCCACCCAGGUCAAAGCUGCGUCAGCUCCCACCAAGGAGUCCCCUAGGAAAGCAGCUGUCCCAGCAUCCCCUGGGAAGGCAGGAUCUGCAGCUGCCCAGGCCAAGGCAGGGAGACCAGAAGACGACUCUGAGAGCAGCAGCGAGGACUCAGACAGUGAGGAGGAGGCGCCAGCUGCCAACACCUCCCUUCAGGCAAAGCCCUCAGGGAAAGCCACCCAGGUCAAAGCUGCGUCAGCCCCCACCAAGGAGUCCCCUAGGAAAGCGGCUGUCCCAGCAUCCCCUGGGAAGGCAGGAUCUGCAGCUGCCCAGGCCAAGGCAGGGAGGCCAGAGGACGAUUCGGAGAGCAGCAGCGAGGACUCAGACAGUGAAGAGGAGGCACCAGCUGCCAAUACCUCCCUUCAGGCAAAGCCCUUGAGGAAAACCACACAGGUUAAAGCUGCCUCAGCUCCCGCCAAGGAGUCCUCUAGGAAAGGGGCUGUCCCAGCACCCCCUGGGAAGGCAGCGCCUGCAGCUGCCCAGGCCAAGGCAGGGAGGCCAGAGGAGGACUCUGAGAGCAGCAGCGAGGACUCGGACAGUGAGGAGGAGGCUCCAGCUGCGUUGCCUGUAACUUCAAACCUGGCUCAGGCAAAGCUCUUGGGGAAGAACUCCCAGGGCAGAGCCGCCUCAGCCACAGGACCAUCUGGGAAAGGCACUGUCCCAGCACCUGCUGGGAAGGCAGGGUCUGCAGCCACCUUGGCUCAGGCCCGGAAGCAGGAGGAGGACUCUGAGAGCAGCAGCGAGGAGUCGGACAGUGAGGACAGUGAGGAGGCGCCAGCAGCUCUGGCCUCCACCCAGGAUAAGUCCUCUGGGCUAGUUCUCAGGGUUGGAUCUGCCUCAGGUCCCAUCAAGGGAGCCCCUCAGAAGUCAGGGCCUGAAGCCACUCAGGUCAAGGUCAAAAGGUCCAAGGAGGGCUUGGAGAACAUCAAGGAGGAGUCAGACAGUGAGGAGGAGGCAUCCUCAGCCAUGACUCCAGCCCAGGCAAAACUGGUUGUGAAAACUCAGAUCAAGGCCUCCCCAAGGAAGGGCACUCCCAUUACCCCUGCAUCUGCCAAGGUCCCUGCAGUGCAAGUGGGUACACCAGCCCCCUGGAAAGCAGGAACAGUGACUUUGCCAGCCUGCAUGUCAUCCCCAGCUGUGGCCAGGGGCACCCAGAGGUCAGGGGAGGGCUCUUUAAGCAGCAAGGAAUCAGAGAGUGAGGAGGAGACAGCUCCUGCCAUAGCAGGGGGACAGGCUAAGUCUGUAGGGAAAAGCCUCCCAAUGAAAGCUACCUCAGCAUCCAGCAAAGGGCCCUCAGGGCAAGGCACCACCCUGGUACCCCCUGGAAAGGCAGGGCCUGCUGUGGCCCAGGUCAAAGCUGAGACACACAAAGACUCAGAGAGCAGUGAGGAAGAAUCAGACAGUGAGGAGGCUGCCUCGGCUCCAACACAGGUGAAGGCCUCAGUGAAAACCGCUCAGACCAAAACCAACCCCGCUUCCACCAGAGUGGCUUCAGCCAAAGGGGCAGCAUCAGCUCCUGGGAAAGUGGUCACUGCAGCUGCUCAAGCCAAACAGAGGUCCCCGGCCAAGGUAAAGCCACCCUCGAGAGCACCCCAGAGCAGUGCCGUCCCGGUGAGGGGCCAGGUGUCCAUGCCUGCUGUGGGGAAGGCAGCAGCAGCCCAGGCCCCAGGGCCCGUCAAGGACGACUCGGAGAGCAGUGAGGAAGAGACGGACAUCGAACGGGAGGCACCCACUCCGGCAAAACCCUCAGGGAAGAUCACCCAGGUCAGAACUGCCUUGGCCCCCACCAAGGGGUCCCCCAGGAAAGGGGCUGCCCCGCUACCCCCUGGGAAGACAGGACCCACAGCCGCCCAGGCUAGGAAGAGGGAGGAAGACUCAGAGAGCAGCAGCGAGGAGUCGGACAGCGAUGGGGAGGCUCCGGGAGCUGUGACCCCAGCUCAGAAGGAGAGUAACUCCAAAACUGCCAAAAGCAAGAUGCUGGCUCCAGCAACCCCAGAGAAGAAUGCUGAAGAUUCCUCAGAGAGCAGUGACGAGGAGCUGCCAGUGAGCCAGGUGAUUAAAACCCCUCUGAUUUUUGUCGACCCUAAUCGUAGUCCAGCUGGUAAGGCUGCUACCCCAGUGCCAGCCCAGGCCGCAAGCGCCCCGAGGAAGGCCCAGGCCUCGGAGAGCACAGCCAGGAGCUCCUCCUCCGGGAGCGAGGAUGAGGAUGUGAUCCCUGCCACGCAGCGCCCCACUCCAGCUGUUAGAACCAAUGCAGUGACCGUGCCCACAGCCCACUCAAGAAUAGCCCUCGGAGCUGGCGUUGGGGCCAGCAACAAUGAAGUGUCCAGUCGGGUGACAAAAGGCAAAAAACAGGAGGCACCCACCACUCAGGUCACAAAGAAGAACCUAGCUAACCUCCCACUGACCCAGGCCGCCCUGAAGGUCCUUGCCCAGAAAGCAAGUGAGGCCCAGCCUCCUGCUGCCAGAACCCUGUCUUCAAGUGGGAAUGAUGGUGCCCUGGGCACACUCCCUGUGGCAAGUCCCCGGAGCACCCCUGUGAAAGCCAGAGUGACCAACAAGCUCAGAAAGCCCAAGGUUUCUACAGUCCAGCAGGCCACAGCCCCUCACUUGGGACACCCCAAAGCCUCUGCAACCUCAGAUGACAGCAACAGCAGCAGCAGCUCUUCAGGGAGCGAGGAGGAUGCUGAUAGGCCCCAGAUGGCCCCGUUGGCCCACAGGCUGGGUCCAGCACCCUCCAGGAAUGAGACCUUGGUGGAGGAGACCACAGCAGAGUCCAGUGAGGAUGAAGUGGUAGCGCCUUCCCAGUCUCUUCUCUCAGGUCAUGUGCCUCCUGUGCUGACUCCAGCCAAUUCCCAGGCUGCAAAGGCCACUCCCAAGCCAGAUCCCAGACCCUCGGCUUCCUCUGCUCUGGCCACCAAAGAUGUCUUGGAUGGCAAGCGGGAAGUAGAGCCCCAAGCAGCAGCAGAUACUGUGUCCCCUAAAACAGGCAGAAGAGAGGCCAGCACCAUACCUCAGAAGCCCGGGAAGGAGGCCGGGAGCCCCCAAGCCUUGACACUGUCACUGCAGAGCGACAUUACCCAGCGCAUCCUGAGUGAGCCCUGGCCCCUGAGCGAGGCCCAGGUUCAGGCCUCGGUGGUAAAGGUCCUGACGGAGCUGCUGGAGCAGGAGAGGAAGAAGGCCGUGGACGCCACUAAGGAGAGCAGCAAGAAGAGCCACAAGCGGAAGCUGUCAGGAGACCAGGCGGCUGCCAGGGCCCCUAGGAGCAAGAAGAAGAAGCAGCUGGCAGAGAAGCAGCUGGCAGACGGGGAGGGUGCUGUUUCCUCAGAAAGGGCCCCCAGGACUGCCAAGGGGAAAUCUAAGAGAGACCCAGCCAGUGGCGACAGCAAGGAGAAGGAGGCUCCUGGGGCCCGAGGGGCUAAGGACAAGCCAGAAGGGGAGCUGGAGACGGUGAAGGUGGAGGGUGGAGGCCAAGCCAACCCAAAGAACAAGAAGGAGAAAAAAAAAUCUGACAAGAAAAAAAAAGACAAGGAGAAGAAGGAAAAGAAGAAGAAAGCCAGAAAGGCCUCAGCCAAAGACCCCGACUCCCAACUCCAGAAGAAAAAGAAGAAAAAGAAGAAGACAGAACAGCAGACUGUCUGAGGGGCACAAGGCGGCAGAAGAAGACGGCCAGCCGCAGUGUCCAUGCUGGCCCAGCCCAUGAGCCCUGCAUAGGUUGGUCCGAGGAAGAAGUAGUGCUCCCAGUUCUGAGAUCUCCACUCACUAACGCCACGCCUGACUUCUAUCUGGACCAGGACACUGCGUAUAGAUGUGUACAGUAUAUAUAUUUUUUUAAGUGCCCUGCCCCCCCUUCUCAGACCCAACGUGCCCAGAGGCCUCGGGACCUUCCACCUCUUUCCCCUGCAGACCCACUGAGGCCCAGCCUUCCGCUCCUUUCAUGUCCCUGGUCCCUGGCUAAUGCUGAGGGUUUGUCCUCAUUUAGUCGGUUUUUCCCCAUUUCGUGUUUUUGUAAGAACUCAGAAAAUAAAAGACUUGAGGGAAAGGUGCAGGUUCCAGUGCACCAGGGCAAA